AACAAACAAUGGCCAUUACCAAACUCUUCAUUUUCUCACACCAAUCAAAACAUCUCAUUUCUCCUCUCUCUCUCUAUCUUCUUAGCUUUUUACUACCUUCUUUUUUCCCUACCAAGAUCCUCCCAUGGAGGAACGAAUGAGAACAACAUUGAUUCCAAGACGAAGACAUAUCUGAAAAAGUAAACACGCAAAACCAAAACAAAACAAAACAAACAAAAGGAGUUAACCAAAAAAUGUCGGUAGCACACGCAGAUGACGCCGACGAUUACAGCCGACCAACGGGAGAAACCUACCACGCGGAGAAAGCGUUACCGAGCGGAGACUUCUACACAGGCCAAUGGAGAGACAGCCUCCCUCACGGACACGGCAAAUACCUCUGGACCGACGGUUGUAUGUACGUCGGAGAAUGGCACCGCGGCAAAACCAUGGGGAAAGGCCGUUUCAGCUGGCCUAGCGGCGCGACCUACGAGGGCGAUUUCAAGAACGGCUACAUGGACGGCAAAGGCACUUACAUCGACUCGUCCGGAGAUUUGUACAGAGGAUCGUGGGUGAUGAACCUACGACACGGCCAAGGCGCGAAAAGCUAUGUCAACGGAGACUGCUACGACGGAGAGUGGAGGAGAGGCUUGCAAGACGGGCACGGGAGGUACCAGUGGAAGAACGAGAAUCAUUAUAUCGGCCAGUGGAAGAACGGGACGAUGAACGGUAACGGGACGAUGAUAUGGAGCAACGGGAACCGUUACGACGGGUCUUGGGAAGACUCUGCUCCGAAAGGAAACGGCACUUUCCGUUGGUCGGACGGGAGUUUCUACGUCGGAGUUUGGAGUAAAGAUCCUGAAGAACAGAACGGGACUUAUUACCCGACCACGUCUACAGGGAACUUCGAGUGGCAACCGCAGCAAGUGUUCUGCGUUGAUUUGAGCGAGUGCGUGGUUUGUACUUGUCAGAGAAUCCCGGUUUUGCCGUCUCAGAAGAUGCCGGUUUGGUACGGUUCGUCCGAGCAGAGUAGUAGUGGGAACAGGACAAAGAGUAGUGGAAGCAGCGAGAGGCCGAGGAGGAGAUCCGUUGACGGGAGGGUUAGUAAUGGUGAGAUGGAGUUGAGGAACAAUGGUUCUGGUUAUCUUCAGGUUGAUGAUACGGAGAGUAAUAGAUCAUCACCGUUAAGGCCUUUGAGAAUACAGCCUGCUAAGAAACAAGGACAAACUAUCUCUAAAGGACAUAAGAACUAUGACCUCAUGCUUAACUUGCAGCUUGGGAUUAGACAUUCUGUUGGAAGACCAGCUCCGGCUACUUCUCUUGAUUUGAAGGCUUCGGCGUUUGAUCCAAAGGAAAAACUUUGGACUAAGUUUCCAUCUGAGGGAUCUAAGUACACUCCUCCACACCAGUCUGUUGAGUUCAAAUGGAAGGACUAUUGUCCUGUGGUUUUCAGGACUCUGCGCAAACUGUUCAAUGUGGAUGCGGCAGAUUAUAUGUUAUCGAUAUGCGGCAAUGAUGCUCUUAGGGAGCUAUCAUCUCCAGGGAAAAGUGGAAGUUUUUUCUACUUGACUAACGAUGACGGCUACAUGAUCAAGACAAUGAAGAAGGCAGAAACAAAGGUAAGUGUCAGAGUAAAGUUAAAACCGGUUUAUCAAGAAACAUUCAUUUGUGUUUACUUAAAACAGGUUCUUAUAAGGAUGCUUCCAGCUUACUACAAUCAUGUAAGGGCAUGUGAAAACACUCUAGUUACCAAGUUCUUUGGUCUUCACUGCGUGAAAUUGACUGGCACUGCACAGAAGAAGGUUAGGUUUGUGAUAAUGGGGAAUCUGUUCUGUACUGGUCACUCCAUACAUAGGCGGUUCGACCUCAAAGGAUCAUCUCAUGGCCGUCUUACCACUAAACCAGAGUCUGAAAUAGAUCCAAACACAACGCUUAAAGAUCUUGAUCUAAAUUUCAUAUUCCGUUUGCAGAAGAACUGGUUUCAAGAAUUCUGCAGGCAAGUGGACAAAGACUGUGAGUUCCUUGAACAAGAGAGGAUCAUGGACUAUAGUCUCUUGGUUGGUCUUCACUUUCGGGAAGCAUCCAAGGACUCUGCCACUCCUACUUCCGGUGCUAGAACCCCUACCGGAAACCCUGAUAGUGGAAACCCUCGUCUCUCCCGAGCAGACAUGGACCGAUUUCUUCUUGAUGCCAGCAAGUUAGCAUCAAUAAAACUGGGUAUAAACAUGCCUGCAAGAGUUGAAAGGACAAUGAGAAGAAGUGACUGUGAGAAUCAGCUUGUUGGGGAACCAACUGGCGAAUUUUACGAUGUGAUUCUCUACUUUGGUGUUAUAGACAUUCUACAAGACUAUGAUAUAAGCAAGAAACUUGAACAUGCAUACAAAUCAAUGCAGUAUGACCCAACUUCGAUCUCAGCUGUUGAUCCAAAGCAAUAUUCUCGACGUUUCAAGGAUUUCAUCUUCAAGAUCUUCGCAGAGGACACUUGAGACCAAGCCAUCUAAUUAACUUGCGCAUGCCCAACGCCCAACAAAGUUGAGGUUUUUCUUUUUGUUAGAAAUUCUUGUUUAUUUUUCUUUAUAGAAAUAUCUGUAAAUCUUAUUAUUUAACCAAAAUCCAUUGUAAUAGGGGAAAAUGAUUAUUUUUGUAACUAAAUUAAGUUCAAUACUCUGCCUUU